AUGGAGAGCCUCGAGGUCGUUCGAUCCCUCCUGCACAACCAGCAGCCUGGCGCCACCCCUCCUGCACGCCCAAACGGAGUCAGCAGGGAUGUGGUGCAAUACUCUGCGCGAGUGCCGGCGUUUGGGAAGCAAGGGGAGUCCGCGGCGCCUUCUCACGUGCAGUUCGCGUGCAAGAGUGCUCUGGCGCCGUUCCUCUGUGUGGAAACGAUGCUGCUCGAGUGGAUGGCUGAGCCUCGUGUGCUGGGGGUGAAGGAGAGUGGUGACCUGCAGGAAGGGUUUGGGUUCCUCGUGCGGCAUCUGCUUGCAGACGGCCUCGAGAAUGCGCAUGCGGAGGGGAGGCGGGGAGCCGGGGAGAAGGGUUCGGCGAGUGUGGGGCAGAUAGGACAGGCAAUGCUGGCCAAGGCACGGAUGAUGCGGAGGGGGCCGGGCGACUGGGGGGGAAUCAUGGACGAGCCUGGAGUGAACAUGGGCAAAGGUGGUGACCUGGUGAGGUGCGUGAAUCUGGCAUCUCAUGCUGGUGAUGAUGGGGGGAGUGGAACAGAAGGCACAGAGCACCGCAAGCUGGCAGCAAUGUUCUUCGUGGGGUCUAGAAGCACACCCACCGGGAGCAUGGAGGAUGCAGCCAUCGAGGCGGCCUGUGAGAGGCUCAGACAGGCAGGUAUGGCAAGCGGGGUGCGCGAGGGAAGGGCAACAGGAGGAGGAGGACUGGAGCUUGCAGCAUCAACUGCACCAGCAACACAUCCACCUGCUCCGAGUGCUGUCGCUGUCUCAGCCCUGGCUGGGUCUUCUCUUGGCAGGAGCGGUUCCACCGGCAACAGUGAUUGGCUCAAUCCUGGCUUCGUUCCCGUCAACGGCAGUGCGAUGCUCAGCAGCGGUCCUUCUGGCCUCCUGCCUGACAACCCACAUGGAAGGGUCCUGCCCAUGCGCCACCCGGUUCGGGAUCUUCCGAACCUGUUGGCCAGGUUCGGCGCUGUUCUCCAGCCUACGGUCGGAAGCAACUGCUUUCCUGAAUGGGAGGAGUGGUCUGAAGGGGACGAAGCUGCUAUGAAGUUUCCUGAUGACUCUAAUGCCAGAUGUUUCUGGCUGGGUAGGGCGGAGGGCAGGCAGGGUCUCGGGAACAAUGGCCAUGUGGCAGCCGCAGCGAAGCAGGGAAGAACCCGGAAAGCGCGGAAAGCUCCCAGCAAAGAGCCGCUUCCUCCUCCUCGGAGCGAGAUGCGUCCCAUCAUCCGCUGCAGGGCAGAUGCGGACUUGAUAGUCGAGUUUGCCGAAAUGCUCUUGGAUCCACCGGUGUGCGCCCACUGCAGCACAUGCAUCGCCACAUACACCACCCUAGUCCCCUUUGUCGCUCUCGUUGCCAACUUCGCCGAUCGCCCCGCCUCCGCCCUUCUCGACCACUUCGUUUCCAUCUUCCCGCCCCACACCGCGGAGUUUCAAUAUAUUGUCAACCGGUUGGUGCUGGACGGUCGCACACGGCGUUGCAGCGCGCAUGCGUUGCGCGAAAGGGUAGAGCAGGUUCCAGUCUCCUUCCUGCUCGCCCUUUGCCUUCUUCACCCGAAAGAGCUCUUGCACUUCCAGCAGAGUGGCACUCAAGGCGAGCUGAACUCGUGA